UUCAAAAUGGCGACUGUGAUACGACAUGGCAAUUUUAAUUUGUAUUACAAUUAUUAGUGCUACUAAACUAUGAUUUACUUUUGAUUUUAAUUACAAUUUUUCUAUAUAUGCUGUGUAGUUUAGCUUCAAGAAAAUUUAAUGCUUGAUAGACGAAAAUCUGCGAAAUAACCAUUGACCACAGACAUCCAGAAUGGAGAACAUGGAGAAGACCUCAAUAAUUAAAAAUGUCAUUAUGACAGCCAAUCAGUAUAUCUUCAACAAGAACAACUCCAACAUGAUUUUGUUUCAACACCAACUGGAUGUCCUCUUAGGCAUAACAUCUCGUGGAUCAGACUUGAAGUUUUUCCAUCCUCGGAAUCUCUUACCCACAGAAUGCUUGACUGUGAUCAUAGACAUCUUGAGUGAAACCAAUGACAUGAAGCCAUCACUUGUCAUUAAGUGCCUUCAGCUUCUAAGAAACCUAGCUUCAGAAAAGGAAAUUCGAGAAUCCUUCCACGAGUCAUUUAAUCUGACACCCGUCUUGGUGGAGAUAGUCAAGCAUAAUUCUGGAGUCAAUCCAUUGUGCAUGGAGUCCCUUCAUUUGUUACAAAGAAUAACAUAUGGACAUAAAAUGGUACUCCAGGAGACCUAUGUUCAAGACCUGCUAGAAUUUAUCAUUUCACACAUAUCUGACCCCGCUGAGGAUACUACACAGGUCUGUCUGGGGCUGCUGGUCAAUCUCUGUAAAGAUAAUUUUGCUGUACAGUCCCAUCUCAAAAAUAUGGAAUGCUCGAAAGAUUUAAGGAAGACCUUACUGAAGCAUAUAAUGGGAGCUGAGAGUAGCCUAGAUUUUAUUAUUUAUUCUUUCUCUGUGGUCACAAGUGUUUGGCUUCAUGACCUUGAAUAUGACAGGAUUUUUAAGCCGUCUAACAUGAAUCAAUGGUUCAAGUCCAUCUUCAACAUCAUCCUGAAGGGGGACACGUGGAUGUCUCGGAGAUACGGUGUGGAUGUGUUUAAGGAGAUCCUCAAGGAUGGACAAAUACAGGCGGAAUUUUCAAAAUUUAGCCGCCUGUCAGCCUAUAUAGAUGGAAUACUGAAGCUGAUUCCAUCUAGUACUCCAGAAACAGUAGUCAUGGUGUUUGAGCUGCUGCUAUGUUUUUGCUCUAUAGAGGGACUGAGAGGUCUGAUUUGUAGAAGUGUGAUGUCCACACUAGACCUUGGGGUUAGGCUCCAGUUCUCGGACAUGCUGAUUGGUCCAGUUAAUCAGGUCAAGGAACCAUUACUAGCCAUAGUUCACUGGGCAAACCAAUCUCCAAACACCCAUGAAGAAGCACCCAUGUAUGCUUUAGAUUUCCUCACAGAAAUUUAUGAGGAGUUGAUUUAUUCCAACACUAGACUGAAAUACUCUGUUCAUGCGGACCUUAUUUUACCUGUUUUAUUAUCCUCACUGAAUUCAGAAGUUGACAUAGACAGUGAAAUGUGUAUGCCAAAAAAACAGUGCCAGAAGAAAGUCAAGUCACUACAGCUCUUAUCUGUGUUAUCUGGAGAGGAUGACAUAAGGAAGAAGAUGGUAGCUUUAUUUAGUCCCUCUGUCUACACAGAGUUACUGGACUUCCAGCUGACCAAUAACCGGGUCACGCUUCACGUCAGUAACGUGUCAGUGGGGGCUGAAGACUGGAGUGAAGAUGGGGUACAUAUUGUGAUAUUUUGCCUUGAGCUGAUGUCCAAAUUGCGAAAGUACAUGCCAAAUUUGGAUGGCUUGUUCUGUUCCUUAUUACAGGACAGUAAGCUGGUUCCCUUCCUGUCUGCGGGACUGACCAGUCAGGAUCGUACCGUGCUACAGACAGCCUUACAGCUCUUCACCAUUGGCACCACACUGGAGGCGUUCCCCACUGUUUUAAUUGGAGACUCUAUGGCCAGUUGUAAUGCCAGGAAGAAGGAAGCAGUAGAGAAUAUAAACACUACAGCUGUGACCCCGGGGCUGCUGAUGAAGAGUAUGCGGACCCCCUCCAACUCCUAUAACAGUACAGCCGACUUCUCACGAUUUUCCAACGGUGACCAGGAGGCGUCCGUACAAGCCAUUAUAGACAAGAUGCAGACAGGGUUGGAGGUGAAGGAUAUCAACAGAUCUGAAAUCAUAGACAUCUACGAACAUAAAAUUCAGGGCUAUCAGACAAAGGAGAACCACCUCCAGGACCUGCUGGACGCUAAGACCCUGGCCCUGUCACAGGCAGACAGACUGAUCGCGCAGUACAGGUCCCGGCGCGCUCAGUACGAGGCAGAGGCUCACAAAAUGCGGAAGUUAUUGAAAGAGUCUGAGUUAGAGUCGGAGGAACACAGAGAGCGACUGAAUGAGAUCAUGUUACAGAAAGAAAAACUCAGUGUAGAGCUAGAGCAGCUAUCUCAGGAAUACCAAAAAUUAGAGCACGUAGCAGAGGAGCACCAACAACUGACAACAGCAUACUCCGACAUAACACAGAGGUAUGAAUCUUCUCAGAAAACCUUGUUAUCCCUCAAACAAGAGCUAAAAACUCUGACAGAAAUGCAUGAGAUUCUACAGAAACACAAUGAGUCACUGAAGCAGCAGCAUGAUUUGGCGUCUGAACAAUUGUCAAAACUUCAGGAGGAGAGAAAAAUUUUAUCAAAGCAGCUGAAAGAGAAAGAAGGAAAGCUACAAGAAAUAACAAAAAAGUACACCAAGUUAGAAUCUGAAUUUGAGAAGACCGAAAAGGAAAGGACAGAACUGGAGGUGGGGUUAGAUAAAUUACGAGACAAGGUCAACAAUACAGAGCAGACAAAGAAACAGCUUCAACAACAGGUGUCAUCCUUGGAGCUUGUAUGUAAACAGCACGAGGCUGAUCUUCUAUCUAAAGACGAACAGAUCAAGGAACUACGGACUAAUCUAGAGAAACACACUCAGAUAGCAGCUCUUAUUCACAGUCUCAGUAGUGGAAAGUCCGAGUCAGGGGCCAGUAUUACUAAGUGAUCUUCCUCAGCCCGGAGGGAACAGUCUGACACAAAAUAUAGAUCUGACACUAAGGAAAUAACUACCCAGAACAAAUCUGAGGGACGAUUUCACCCAUCAAAGCUGUGUUAGUGUGAUUGUCCUGUAAUUAACAAUUUUUAGCUAUAUUUUUAGUUACAUGCAAAUCAUUGACAUGUAUGUAUUGACAGCUUACUAGCUGAAUAAUGAACUCAUUGUCUCAUGACACACCAGGAAUAUUUAAAUGGUAUUUGUGAAGAAAAUUUCCACAUGAAAAAAUGUCCAUGUUUAAUGUGCAUUUGUUUUGAAAGUUACCUAAAUAUUAAUGAUUUACAUAUUUUUUUAAAAUAAGAUCAUUGUGUUAUGACAGAAAUUUAUGCCGAGAAAGUGAUAGCCACCUUUUUUAUUUUAUAACCAAAAAUAUGUGGCAAAAUACGAGUGUGCUAAAAUUACUGAUUACAUUUGAAGCACUUCCAAGUUCAGAUGCAGAUAGAGGAGAAAAGCAUCUGACAAUGUAUAUUAUUUACUGUUUACAUAAAUGCCUGGACAUCCCAUUCACCUUAAAUUUUCACAUCUUUUUAAACUUCCUACUCUAUCACCCACAAAUAAUUUAGUGUUUAGCAUGAACCAGAAGAUAUGAUAGCAGAUGCAUUUCAUAUAUUUUGUUGUUUUUUUAGGGGGGUGGGUUGUAAAGGUAAAGUUCAGUAACACACCAAUUUUUUAUGUCUCUGAGGAAAUAGUUCUACAUCUACAGAAGUGUUUGUGACGGCAGCAUUCACAAGUUAAUGUUGCUCUGAUAUAAUUGGGGAUUAUUUAUAGACAUAUAUUUUUAAUUCCUUGAAUUUAUUUUCAGAAACAAAUUUUUUUUAUUCUUAUUGUGAAUAAAAAAUUUUUACUACAA